AUGUCGGCCAGUCCGGCCAGCGGAGGUCUGUCGCCAGUCAAGGCCGACGCGGCCGAUCCAGACAGGAGGUGGGUCCGAGUCCCGCCUCGGAGGAGCGCCCCAUUCCCCUCCCACGACGCCAGACCGGCUGGUUUGCAGACUUUUGUCAAGAUCCUGCUUGACGUUGAACGACCGGAGCUCUGUUUGUCCGGCCGCGAUGAGAUCGGCCACUCUCCUUUGGCCCAGUUACUCUUUCUCUCUCUCCCUCUUGCCUUGUGGCCAGCCGCUGUUGCGUUGGUCUCUAUACAAGACGAAAUGACCUGCCCUCGUGGUGUUUGUGUGCAUUCCGAUUGA